AAGGGGGAGCAGCUCGGAGAAGGAAAGGUGUUCCUUUCCUGUUUUGCUGAUGCCACGUGGGCUUCUGAGCAUGAGGAUUCAUCAUCAGUUGGUGGAUACAUCUGCAUGGUGGGAGGUGGGCCUGUAAGUUGGAGGUCCAAGAAGCAGUCUGAAACGGCACUAUCUUCAGUGGAAUCUGAGUACAUGGCAAUGUUUCAUGCGGCAAAAGAAAUCAUUUGGCUAAGGAGGCUCUUGAAGGAGAUCGGCCAUGAACAGACUUGUGCGACACCUCUGUUCAGUGACAGCAAGGCAACCAUUGCCAUGGCACGCAAUGCAGUUCUUCAUGGGUUGAACAAGCACAUGAGGAUCAAGUGGCAUUGGCUGUGGAAGGAGGUGAAGCUUGGGACACUGGAUCCGAUCUACGUGAAAACUCAGCAACAGCCAGCCGACUUCCUUACCAAGCGGCUAGCUGAAGAGCCACAGUGGCGCUGUGCGAGGAUGGCGGGAAUGUCCUUGAACUAGAGACGGCGAAACAAGCCGACAGUCUGAGGGGGAGUGUGUUGGUGCAUAUUCGUUUGCACGUCAUCCUGUCGUCUGUUCGCAUCAUUUCGUUGCAUCUGUUUUGUGUGCUACAUUGUUUGUAUGGUUUGUUGGGUUUGCAUGUAUUUGCAUGUUUGUCUUGUGCUUGUGCAGGUGUGCUUGGUUUGUGCAUGACAUCGAGCACAUUCCAACGAGCCAAGAAUUGUUGGAAUCGGAGCACAUAUGAAGAAGUUACGAAGAAAUGUUUGAUGGAUUUGUUACAACUCAUUGGAAGUCCUUGUCAGCUGCUACACCAAAGUUGGAGAGCCCUAUAACGAGGAGGGACCAGCAUGUGUGGGACUUUUGUCCCCACCCUGCAGCUGCAGCAUUUGGGGUUUGGAGGCCAACCUGGUACAGUGUGAAUUUUGUCUUGCCAGGCUGGCUGAACCUGAGGAUGGGGAGUCAAGACUUUGACUCUUGUCAUGUUCUUGACCAUGGGCCUCCAGGGUCCUUCCCUUUCAUCCUUCCCUUCCAUCCCUACCUUCCAACUGUGCUUCAAUGCCUUUUCUAUCAUGCCUCUGAACUUGUAAGCUUCAAUUAUUGUGACUCUGAGGAUUGUCAACUUCUCCUAGGGCAGAUUACCCCCCAGUGCGCCAAACGCCAUAGCUCGCUCGUUAAGCUACGGAAUCGAGUGAUUCAACUUUCAGAGGAAAGCUGACGCUGCAAGCUACAACAUAUCUGAUUUUCAAAUCGUUUCACCGAUUGGAGUUUCGGAUAUAGCUUUUCGAAGGUCUUCUGGGCGUCAUAACGAAGUGCUACAGAAAUUUCCAAGGAGCCAUUGAAUCAUCUGCUUAUAGCCUUCUCUAAGCAACACGCCUGACGCAGCAGGGGAGGCUAAGCUACACAAGGGUGCUACGCCUAAACUAGAGUACACAGGCUCCACCAACACGCCCUCCCUGGCGGCCACGACCGGCGCGGCGCGGGCGCUGCUGCGAGUGCACGGCAGCAACAGUUUCGGUCAGAGGGGUCGCAGUGGCGACCGCAGCCGAAACGUUAGUAAACGUGCAGUGGGAGGGGGCACAGCCGUGAAAGAUAGAGACUGCCGGUGCACCGCUCGAUUGAGCGAUAGUGCGCUGGCGAGUCUCGAUCUCGGUCAGGGCGGUGACAAAGGCUGUAAGGGUGAGGUCACCCGGGUGUUGGCUAAGGAUGUGGUCGCGGGCGCUAGCAAGGCGGUCAGGUAGGCGCAUAGCGAUAAAGUAGAGGGUCAUGC